GCCAAUGGCCGCGCAGAGCGGCGAGGAGGCGUGGCCUCCGCCGCCUUCCCUCCCAUCCCGGCAGUGCGGGGAGCCGCCAAGGAAGCCGAGGACGGGGGCUGCCGGCGCCUGCACCGCGCCCGGGGCAUGGCCCGCGGCUGAGCCGCCUGCGGAGCGGCCCCACUCAGCCCAGCAUGGCCCAGUGGCAGGAGCUGCAGAGCCUGGCCAACGCCUCCCUGGAGCAAGUCCACCAGCUGUACAGCGGCGCGGCGCUGCCCAUGGAGGUGCGGCAGUGCCUGGCGGCCUGGAUCGAGGACCAGAACUGGCGCCAGGCGGCCGAGCCGCUCUCCUCCCACGCCCGGAUGCUCUUCCACUCCUUGCUGGCGCUGCUGGGGGACCGGCUGGGCAGCCCGGGGCUGGGCAACGAGGACUUCAUGCUCAAGCACAACCUGCGCAAGGCCAGGCGCGACCUCCAGGCCGCCUUCGAGGAGCACCCGGAGAGAUUUGCCAACCUGGUGGCCAACCUGCUGCAGGAGGAGCAGCGGAUCCUGCGCCUGGCGCACGCGGAGCAGCAGGGCCCCGUGUCUCCGCAGGGGGGGGCAGCCCCGGCGCCCAGCGCGCCCCCGCAGAGCGACCGGCAGCAGGAGAUCCAGCGCCGGCUGGCCGACUUCCAGGCGGCCCUGCAGGAUGCCGAACGCGCCUUCCGCCACCUGGAAGAUGAGCAGGACAUGUUUGACUUCUGCUACAAGGUGCACUAUCUCCCGGCAGGCGAGAACAGGACCAGCGAUCCCGAGUACACCAAGCAGGUCCAGGGCCUCCAGGCCAAGCUGCAGAAGCUGGACCGGAGCCGGAGGGACGUGCUGGCGCAGAUGCAGCAGCUGCUGGGGCGCAGCGAGACCCUGCGGGGCUUCCUGCAGCAGGAGCUGGGCGCCUGGCGGGAGCGGCAGCAGAUCGCCUGCCUGGGGGCCCCCGCCGACACCAGCCUGCUCCAGCUGGAGACCUGGUUCACGGCACUGGGUGAGGGGCUCUUCCAGCUGCUGCAGCUGCUGCGGGCGCUGGGGGACCUGCGGCACAAGGUGACCUACGAGAGGGACCCGCUGCAGGCAGAGCCGCCCCUCCUGGAGACGCGGCUGCGGGAGCUGCUCACCUGCCUGCUCCAGAGCGCCUUCGUGGUGGAGCUCCAGCCCAGCAUGCCCACCUCCGGCAAGCGCCCGCUGGUGCUGCGCACGGCCAACAAGUUCUCCGUCCGCGCCCGCCUCCUCGUCCGCCUGCACGACCGCAACCGCCGCAUGGAGGCCAAGAUCUACAUUGACAGGGACCCACCCAAGAUCCGAGGUUUCCGCAAGUUCAACAUCCUGACGUCGAGCAGCAAAACCCUCGUGGCGGGCGACAGCCCCCAGGACGGGCUGGUCUGCGACUUCCAGCACCUGACGCUGAAGGAGCAGAAAGUCGUCGGGUCGGGCAAGGGCAGCAAAGGCCCCAACGAGGGUCCCCUGGCCGUGACGGAGGAGCUGCAUCUCAUCACCUUCACACUGGCCUACGCCUACCAUGGGCUGGAGCUGGAGCUGGAGACCUCCACGCUGCCCGUCGUCAUCAUCUCCAACAACAACCAGCUCUCCAGCGCCUGGGCCUCCAUCCUCUGGUUCAACAUGCUCAGCACCGACCCCAAGAACCAGCAGUUCUUCGCGGCGCCGCCGCCGGCACCCUGGCCCCGGCUGGCCGAGGUGCUGAGCUGGCAGUUCGAGAGCGCGGCCGAGCGGGGCCUCAGCAAGGAGCACCUGCACAUGCUGGCCGAGAAGCUCUUCGGCUCGAAACCGUCCCCGGAGAGCACCCUGCCCUGGCCCAAGUUCUCCAAGGACAGCGCCUCCGGCUUCUCCUUCUGGGCCUGGCUGGACAGGAUCCUGGGGCUGCUCCAGGAGCACCUCAAGCAGCUCUGGAAGGACGGGCUCAUCUUGGGCUUCGUGAGCCGGAAGCAAGAGAAGAAGCUGCUGAAGGGGAAGCGGACAGGGACGUUUCUGAUCCGCUUCAGCGAGAGUGUCCUCGGCGGGGUCACCUGCACCUGGGUGGAGCAUCCCGAGAGCGGGCCCCCUGCUUUCCGGGCCGUGGUUCCCUACACCGCGUCUGAGCUGGCUUCCCUGGCGCUGCCCGACAUCAUCCGCGACUACCAGCUGCUGGCGGAGGAGAACAUCCCCGAGAACCCGCUCCAGUUCCUCUACCCGGACAGGGCCCGCGACGAGGCCUUCGGGCCCUACUACAGCCAGCGGCAAGCAGGGAGCCUGAUGGAGAAGAAGGAGUACCUGAACCAGCGCCUCAUCCGCGUGUCCUCCAGGCAGGCGAAUGAGUCGUGGCAGGCGGAGGAGGAGCUGGUGGCUGCCACGCAGGACCUGGAGACGCUGCAGCUGCAGCCCGGGGGCCCGGUGCCGCUGCAGGCAGCGCCCUGCAGCCCGGGGACGCGGCAGCUGGGGCCCUGCAGCCCGGGGACGCGGCAGCUGGGGCCUGGAGGCCUGGAGCCGCCGCUGGCGCUGCAGGUGGGAUCGAGGGUCCCGGAGCUGCUGCAGCCAGGGCCUGGGGCCGUGGAGCCGCAGCUGGUGCUGCAGCUGGUCCCCGAGGGCCAGGGGACGCUGCAGGUGGGUCCUGGGGCACUGGGGACGCUGCAGGUGAUACCCGCGGGCCUGGAGAUGCUGCAGCCAGUGCCGGGGGUCCAGGGGAUGCAGCAAGUGGGACCUGGGGACCAAGUGCCACUGCAGCCGGAGCCCGGGGCCGUGGAGCCGCAACUGGUGCUGCAGCUGGUCCCUGAGGACCAGGGGACGCUGCAGGUGGGACCCGGGAGCCUGGGGACGCUGCAGGUGAUGCCCAGGGGCCUGGAGAUGCUGCAGCCGGUGCCAGGGGUCCAGGGGAUGCAGCAAGUGGGACCAGGGGGCCAAGGGACACUGCAGCCAGGGCCUGGGACCUUGGAGCCCCCGCUGGCCUUGCCGCUGGUCCCCGAGGACCAGGGGCCGCUGCAGGUGGGACCCGAGGACUUCCAGCCGCUGGAGCCGGUGCUGCAGGAGUUCCUGCAGUCGCUGACAGAGGAGCUGGAGUCUGGCUCAGGGGCGCUGGAGUCGCUGGAGGCGGCGGAGCUGAUGCCCGGCAUGCUGGAGGCCGGGGACGGCAGGCUGGAGAGGCUCAGCCCCGGGCCGGCCCGCAGCACCGCGCUCCUGGACUGCCACGACCCCUUCCUGCCCCAGGCCGACGACGCGGCCCUGCCCACCGUGAACUCCCUCUUCGCUGGGACCGACGACUUCCCCCCGCUCCACAUCAACCCCCACGACUUCCAGUAAUCCCCCCCCCCCCCCCCGUGUAAAUAAACCUUUUCUGCUCCAGCUGCCCACAGCGUUUGGGGGAGGGCAGACGCAACCCCCCGUAUCCCCCAGCACAGACUUCCCCACCUCUGUGUCCAGACCUUUAUUAGAAAUCCAUAAAUACGUGAGAUAAAUAGG